CACAGUCAGUGUCACGACGUGCGAUGCUGUGUACGCGUCGAUCCGGAUCCGAAUCGCGAUGUCAUGUGGAGUGCUCUGUCGCGACGUGUCGUGAAUCUGUGUACUGGUAGACACCACGAAAGGUCCCCGAUUCUGACGAAUGACAGUAAUUCCAAUACGCGGUACACGAUGCCAUCAACCAGCAUCACCGACGAACAAGUGACUCAAUUCCUCGGCCAGCAUCCGGACUAUCUGGAGCGAUACGUGAUGGAGGAGGUGGAGGUGGAGCAGCUGGAACGAUGGAUAAUCAGGAAGUCGCAGCGUCUGAAGAAAAAGACGAUGGAGACGGCGGCCUCGUCCACACGCAACGGCCGGAAGACGAGUCUGUCGCGUUGGAAGUUCUGCGUGCACGCCGACAAAAGGCAGAUGUUGCAGGAUCUGACGCACAGCUUGCAACAGAAACCGACCAAAAAUCACGUGCUCUGGGAACUGGCUCACUGCAUUUGCUCGGCUGUCAGUGCGGACGGGUUCAGACUUUACUUGGUGGACAAGGACGAUCCGGACGAACUGAGCCUGUUUUUGGGCCUGGAUUGCAAGAGCCAAGGGGGCGAGCCAAAACUGCAACGGAUCAAAAAUGGUGUUGCGUUGCCCGCUUACGUCGCCCGACAUCUGGAACCGGUGCGCUACUCCAGGGGCGACUGCGAUCCCCGAUUUCCAGAUGGCAUUCCCGAGGAGUAUUAUAAAACGCCCGAUAGAGGUGAAAUGGCCCAUUUCCAGUGUCAACCCAUAAUCCAACCGGAUGGUCAAUUGGCCGCCGUUCUAGAACUUCUACGCAGUGAAACCGGUGGUCCAUUUUAUGAGGAGGAUGAAGAGAUCGCGUCCAGUUACUUAGUAUGGGGCGGCAUCGCCCUACAUUACGCACAUCUCUAUCUUAACAUGAACCAACAGAAAAAACUGAAUGACUUUUUAUUAGCUGUUGUCAAGUCGAUUUUCCAGGACAUGGUCAGUAUGGACGGUCUGGUAAUAAAGAUCAUGAACUUCGCGCAACGUUUGGUGGACGCGGAUCGUGCGUCUUUGUUCCUGGUCGACGCCAAAAAUAAAGAACUGUACGCGACGAUUUUCGACAUCGGAGUCGAAAAGGAUGAGGAUACGGCUACACUUUCGGACGCCGAAGAGUUCGUUAAGGUGCACACUUCGAAGGAAAUCCGAUUUCCGUUGGGAACGGGAAUUGCCGGACAAGUUGCGAUGACCGGCGAGAUUUUGAAUAUCAAGGACGCAUAUGCUGAUGCCAGAUUCAACAGGACUGUUGACCAACUUACUGGCUACCACACAAAAUCGAUUCUAUGCAUGCCGAUCUUCAUCAGGGGCUCGAUAAUCGGCGUGGUCCAAAUGGUGAACAAGCACAGCGGCUGCUUUACGUCCGAAGACGAAGAGGCCUUCGAAAUGUUUGCCGUUUAUUGCGGCCUGGCCCUGCAUCACGCCAAACUGUACGAUAAAAUCAGAAAGUCGGAGCAAAAGUACAAAGUCGCCCUCGAAGUAUUGAGUUACCACAACACUUGUACGGAGGAAGAACUUCAAACUGCACUUAUGAACGGGAUAACGGAAAAUAUCGCUGGUGUGGAUAAUUAUUAUUUCAACCCUUUCGAUUUGGAAGAUUACGAGAAGGCACGACAUGCCAUCUACAUGUUCAUCGAUCUGUUCGGAUUAAGCAAGUUCGAUCAGAGCAGUUUGCUGAAAUUCACACUGACGGUCAAGAAAAAUUACAGGAGAGUACCAUAUCACAAUUGGACGCACGGAUUUUCAGUCGCUAAUUGCAUGUACUGCAUACUGAAACACACCAAAGACGUUUUCAAACCUAUCGAGAGUUUGGCCUUGUUUACUGCAGCCCUCUGCCAUGACUUGGAUCAUCGAGGUAAAAACAAUAAAUUUAUGCUGGACACAGAAUCUCCAUUAGCAGCAAUUUAUUCCACCUCCACAAUGGAGCAUCACCAUUUCAAUCAAACUGUGACUAUUCUCCAACAGGAGGGCCACAAUAUUUUCAGCAAACUUUCAAACUCAGAAUACAAACAAGUGCUGAGUCUUCUGAAACAUUGCAUCUUGGCAACAGAUUUGGCCGUCUUCUUUCCGAACAAAGCAAAACUGACUAAAAUUGUGCAAGAGAACACCUUCAACUGGCAAAAUCCAGAACAUCGGAUGCUACUACAAGCGAUUUCGAUGACCGGAAGUGAUUUGAGCGCCAGUGCCAAACCUUGGGACAUCCAAGUGGAGACCGUCAAAGUCAUAUUCGAGGAGUUCUAUCAGCAAGGAGAUGCUGAACGUGCCAAUGGCAAAAUACCGAUACCCAUGAUGGACAGAUUCCAGCCGGACCAACAGCCUGCCUCUCAAGUUGGUUUUUUGAUGGGCAUUUGCGAGCCGUGUUACACACUUUUGAACACGCUGUUACCACAGACAAAACCACUGUUGGAUAUGUGCAAGGAGAAUUUGGAGCGGUGGAGACAAAUCGAUAAAGAGAUCAAAGAGAAGGAGAAUUAGUUUGUGAUAACUUUGUACCUGGAAUAUUGAAAUGACGUGGGAAGUGAGCCGAAUUUGGAAAGCGGACGGAUCGUGGUCUCUUUUCUACUAAACUAGAUAUAAACGUGUAAAAGAAAAAAACUUUUUAAGUGUUGAUCCUCAAGUCUAAGUACUAAUCUAACUUGCUGCAAUAGCACUGAACAAUUUUGAAUUGUAAUCAUUCUUCUUUAAGAUUUUAUUUUUCUAUGAAACUAGGAAACUGUGAACUUAUUGUAAAAAUAUACGUGUGUCAAACUGAGCUUAAAGCUGGAACUCUCAUCAAAGUGACAAAAGUAGUAUUAGUUUUCAUAUCACACUCUCAAAAAUCCAUAUCAUCUUGCUUUAUCAUUUAUAGAUUAAAUAAACUGACCAAUGUUUUCUGUAGACUGAUAAAUUGACGGUGGAAUAUUUUUGAGCUUAACUUGAAACUUUUACGUCCGCAGUGAAUGUUUAAAUCAAAAUAGAAAAUUCCUAAUUGGGAGACCAAACUAUACAAUUUCUGUCUUAUCUACUGAAAAAUAGUUAAUAAAUAUUUAACUAGUUAUUGAGCGGUAACGUAAAUAGUCACACUUUUUCUAGUCCUUAAUAUAUGACAUGUACCUAUUUAUCAAUAUGAAUAUUGAUUGUAUUUUUUGUGUUAGAAUAUAAUAUAUAUUAGCCAAAUAA